CUCAUUCGUUUGUUCGUUGACUCAUGGGUCACUCACUGUUCAUUGGAUUGGUGUGGCCGCACUGAACUGCACGAACGAGGAAUGGAUGGACUGACUAACGCGACCGUCGACAGUCAAUCCGAUGUAUGCGCCAUGGUCCGCUCAUUCCGGCCAUCCAUCCAAUAACAAUACCCCCACAGUGCCGGCCCAGAGACAGACAGACCAUGGACUAAAUGGCUGACUGUUGCGUCAAUGGCAGCCAGCUCCAAACCCCUUGGAGACGAUCUCUCGCCGUCCAGGUUUGUGUGUGCGCUUGCGUGCUUCAGAUUGUCCAUCACCAUUCAUUACAUCACAUCGUUCGUUGGUCAGUCCCUCGUUGGUCAGUCAGGUUAUAUGGCCUGUGGUUCGAUGGCCGUGCCGAGGGGGUCUGGGGCGGGUCGGCCGUCGUUGUCCAUCUCGCCCUCGACAGCCCAUGUGUAGUUGUAUUUCCAAUGCAGCUGCCGACGCACCUAUAGGCACACACACACGUGUGGUUGGAUGGAUGGAUGGAUGGAUCAACACACACAUUUAAAAAGCUCGAUACAUGCAAACGACCGACGGACGGCAGGGAAGCGUGUGCGUGUGUGUGUGUGUGUGUGCGGCUGGCUGACCGAUGAGAAGGGCGAUGCCAUGCGGCCGCGGCCACUCGGCGCCAGAAACCGGUCGGGCUUCCACUUCUGACACAAGAAAGAACAACCACACACACAUUGCAAUCACUGCCGUCGGUCGCCACACCUUCCCGAACUGCCCACUGGCAUACUUACCUCAGUGACGAAUUCCGCCCGUGAGCCGGGGUACACACGCGACAGACCGAUGCUGCACACACACAUACAGACAUCAUCCUGGCUGGACGGAUGGAUGGAUGGAUGGAUGGCCGGAUGGAUGGCUGACUUGACGAGGUUUUGUAUCUGCAUGAGGUGUUCGAUGGGCCCGUGGUACUGGAAGGAGAAGACGCCGUUCUUGGCGCCCAGCAGAGUCGCCACACCGCACCCCUACACACACACGCACACACACAAGAUGCGGAUAGCCAUCCGCAAUCCGCCUGGAUGGAUGGAUGGAUGGAUCUGACCUGCCCCUGGUCGACAUAGUUGAUGACCUUCCGCGCCUUCUCGACCUCCUGUGGACGGACAUGUCAGCCACAACACACAACACACAACACAGCACAGCACGACAAGCGAGGUGAGGUGCGCACACAGACACACAUCCAUCCAUCCAUCCAUCCACGACCGGCAUCGAUUCAUGUCACGCAUUCGAGUAGGAUGGGGAUCGUGUGUCACUUUCAUGCUCGCCCAUUCACUCACUUCCUCCCUCCCGUACGUACGCACCUUCAUGUCGAUGGGUCCUUCGCCCGCCGCCUUGUCGGCCCUGACCUCCAUGUGCGGCGUGCGGCCCAGACCGAAAUCAGGCAGCGUGAAGAUCGUACCCGACGUCGUGUUGUACCUGCACACGCACACACGCACACACACACACACACACACACGCACACAUCCAUCCAUCCAUCCAUCCAUCUCUCCAAGGGGUCUCGGUCUCUCUGCCUGUUGUGUGAAUGUGUGUGAGAUGAGAGAGUGCUGAGCAUACCUACCAUCCGUUUUGUAUGUGCCGCAGCUCCUCAAACCGCAGCUGCAGUGUCGUCCGGGAAGCACCCAGCUCCCACGUUUCGUCAACCUGCCGCCGGCGGAUCUUCUCGGGGUCGUCGCCAUACAGAGGAUAUCCCCAUAUCAUCCGCAAGCCCAACACACACGACCGCCUGGAUGGCUGAACGCGGCGCAACAGCAGCGGGCGAUGCAUUUGGCGAGAUGCGAAAGGCCGCAGGAAGGCCACAGCUGGGAGGAAGGGGAGAGGGCGGGACGGAUGUCGGCGUGGUGCCCUGCGGUUUCUUGUCAGAUCCACGAGGCGAUGCAAACAUGGAUGCUGCGGCAGGAAGGCAAAGAUGAACCCCGCGAUGGCCUUCACUGCGGUCGUCAUUGGCCGUAAAGGACAGACCGCCCUGCCACGUCGCU